GAGGAGGAGGAGGAGGAGGGGGGGUGUCGGCUGCUAAUUCCGAUCUGGCUGGCAGAAGGGCUUGAAUCCUCCGUCCUCCACCAGCACACCACCUCAGUAAAGAGGCUUAUCCGAGGAGGAGCGUUGUUGACGGUAUAACGCGUCCAGGAGAGCCGGUACAACAACAAAAAAAGUGGGCUUUUCUAGGUGUCGGAUUUACGCGAGUUUUCACCUUUUUUUGCUUUUUGUUUAGCUAACAUUUAAAAUUCCGGGUUGCUUUGGUUUCCUGGCCACUAUCGUUUGAAUGGAGCGAUGUUGAGCGCAGACGGCGCACAUUGCGAUGGGACGCGGGUCGUUGUGCUGACGGGACUCGGCGCCGGGGAACCAGGACUUGAUUGAAAAUCACUGGUAAUCGAUUUUAAAUCAUGUGUUGUCGUUAUUGACGGAAUGUGAGCACCAGCAGUUGUUUUGGCGAGAUUCAUAAAGGAUUUUCUUUUAAAAGAUUAAUGAGGGCAUUCAGUCCAUACACGGGUUGCCAUAGCAUCACAUUAAUAUUAUCUGUUUCAUUAUCGGCCUGUUGAAGAGGAGGGCAUCGCGGUACUUUCUCAUAUUUUGGGACAAUGUGUUCGUAUUGUGGUUAAAUGAGUUUUGACAGUUAAUUUCAAGCCACCUUUUUUUUUUAUUUAAAAAACAAACUGAGACUCACAGCCAAGGCAGUUAUGGCUAAAAAUCCGUCCGAGGGACCGAAGGAGGAUCUGAGCCAGCUGACGGACGAGGAGCUCCUCCGGUGCAGCAAAGACGAGCUGGUCCGGAGAUUAAGGAGGGUUGACAGCGAGAAAAUGAACUUGAUGAUCGAGCAUGGGAACAUGAUGAAAGACAUCAACCGGCGGCUGCAGGUGCACCUGCACGAGAUCCGGAGCCUGAAGGAGAUCAACCAGAAGCUGCAGGACGACAACCAUGAGCUCCGGGAGCUCUGCUGCUUCCUGGACGACGACCGGCAGAAGGGCAAGAAGCUGUCCCGGGAGUGGCAGCGCUUCGGCCGCUACACCGCCAGCGCCAUGUGGAAGGAGGUGGGCACCUACAUGAUGAAGCUGAAGGAGCUAGAGGCCAACCAGGACACCGUGUUGAGGGAGAACUCUGAGCUGAAGGAGAUCAUCCUCAUGCUGGACGAGGAGAGGAACGGAGCCGGGUCCAGGAGCUCCAUAGACAGUCAGUCCAGUUUGACCAACCUGAACGGUGGCACCGGCACGGUCAGGGAUGUGGGAGACGGGAGUAGCACGUCCAGCACGGGUAGCGCAGGUAGCCCUGAUCACCACAAUCACAACCACAUACACAAGCCCACCUCAGAGAACAGUAAAACGGGCUCCACCAUGAGGAGGUCCAUGGAUGACCUGUCAGCACCGCACCAUCACAGGAGCAUCCCCAAUGGACUUAAUGAUUCCUCCUCCAACUACAUCAGGCAGCUGGAGACUAAAGUGCGGAUCCUGGAGGACGACAACAACAAGCUUCUCUCACAGGCUUAUAGCCGGUAUAGUUUAUCACACAUACAGACGAAAAAGCAGUGUAACCCAGGUGACCUUCGUGCCCUGAGGAAGGGAAUGACCCUCUACCACUCAGAGUCCCAGCUGUCCUCACUGCCCCAGCGCCAGGACGCCAUGCACAUGGGUACUGGCCGUCUCCCGACCAGUGAGUCCUCUCCUGCCACAGGCUACCUGUCCUGCGUCCAGAAGCCUGAGGCCGUGGUGCACGCCAUGAAGGUGCUGGAGGUCCACGAGAACUUGGACAAGCAGGUUCCUGAGGACUACGAGGACGAUCUCAGUGAGAAAGAGAAGGCCAUUGUGCGAGAGAUGUGCAACGUGGUGUGGAGAAAGCUGGGUGAUGCAGCAGGAUCAAAGCUGUCCGUCAGACAGCACCUCUCUGGGAACCAGUUCAAAGGGCCGCUGUAGCAUGGCAACCAGAGAGAGAGCGAGAGAGAGAGAGAUCAGGAUUUACAGUACCUACACUCACCUGAAAACACCUCUUACUACCUGCGCCUACACAACCCAUCAUGCCGUGCUCCCUACUGCCUACAGCACCCAGCAUUCCUUCAACAAGCACUCUCUUAAGACUGGCUAAGAUAGCUACUAAAUGGACCUGUUAGUUUAUUCACAUGUACAAACAUGUUUUUAUCUCUCAGAGCUUAUGAAGCGUUGACAACUGGCAGCUAGUUUCACUGAUUUGCCACUUUCCUUCGUUGAUUUGGAGGCUUCCAGCUACACAAUGAUCUCUCUCUGUAAACGCUACAAACACACCACUUUUAGUCCCUCAUAGCAUAGCUGUGCUACACUAAGCUAGCGAUAUGACAUGGUUUCAAGCACAGACCUGACGAGGCCGCAGGAGCAGAGAUCUCUUCGCAUGUUGCUGGGGUGUGAACGCAACAUUGUGGCGGUAUCUUCAGAUAAGUUUUGAUAGUACCUCCUAUAGAGACCCUAGCUCCUGUCCCAUGUAUCCCCCCCCUCUAGUGGUCAAUGAGUAUAACUAGCAUUAGUAUUCUAAAGUGUUAACUAAUGUGAAACCCACUGUGACCUAGCGCCUUUUGCUCAUAAGACAAGUCUAUGGAUAAUAAAGUCUAGAGAUCACUGUUAACUUGUGUAUAUUAUGUAUAAAACCAUAGCACUACUUCAUUGUUAUUGUUGAUUUUACUUUUAUCUAUUUUGUAUUCUAGCGUGGCCAUGUGAUCAAUUAUUUAGUUUAAAAAGCACACACAACCGGACCUUAAACAGGGUUUUCUUUUGGUAAAAAAAAAAUGUAAUCUUUUAUUGUGUUUUUCUCUUUCUUUAAAUUCUUUUCCAGAUGAAUUGCUAUUAUUCCUUCUCUCUGUAACCUCUGAAAAUGUAUCAAGGCCAUUCUGAAUCAAACCAUCUCCAUGGGCUAAUGGAUAAUUUUCUUACUUUGUGAAAUUAACUAAAAUUGUAUGCUGUGUGCAUGCUUGACAAUCAUUUUCUCAGGUUGGGAGGGCUAUAGCUUUACCUUUGCCCAUCUGUGACAACGUGUGUGUGUGUUGGCGUGCAUGUGUGUGUGGAAGGAGAGAGAAUGGUUCUCUUGCAGCUGUAGCAUCUGCCUGUGAAUCCUCUUUUUCUCUAUUGAACCCUGGUUACAACUCGGUUGAAGACUGCUGAAGGCAUUUGCUGAAUCCAUACAAAAAGCCUAGUCCCAUUAACGGUAAUAAUAUUUUCAAGGCCAAAUACUAAAACCCCUACAUUCAGUUUGGAUUGCUCCUAAUUCAUGUUUUUCAUUUUAUAUCUCAGUAGAUGUAAAAAAAAAAAAAAAAAAAAAAAAGGUUACUUCUCUUACUUCUCCUUUUCUGUAGCCAUGGAUUCAGCAGGUGUGUUUAUGCAGCGCAUGUUUCUUAAAGUUGAAUCUUUUUUCUUAGAAUAUGAGAGAUAAGUCUUCCCUUAGAUGUCUCCUGAAAACACUAACAUUUAAAAAUAUUUCUUGAUGUCAGAAUGAACAAACACUGUUUGUCCAAGUAUUUAUUGCCAGGUGUCAGAUAGAGAUAGGAGAGCUAUCAGCAGCUGAACAGUCAUAUUUCAAAUUUAUAGAUAGAUAAGUUUAGUGACUGACAGCUCAGGCUCUCCCAUCUCUAGUGUUAUUUGUUCCAAAUUAGAACACUUCUGAGGCUGCCCGCCAUGCACCUCUGUUCUCUCAAAUAAUGCAUCAAAACUAAAUCAAAGUAUGGUUUUUUAAAAGUGUCCUUUUUUCUAGGAACUGAUUUGAAGCCAUGAUACAAUUUUGAAUACUUUAUAUACGGCAUUUGAUUUGAAAUGUGCCACAUUUUUUUCUGCAUGGUGUUUUGAUUUGGAACCCAACUGUCUUUUUUUUUUUUAAACAUCUAUAGUAUUUCUUUUUUUCUGCCUACAAUAUAUGCUAAAACCACAGAACAGAAUCCUAGAGUCUACAGAGUAAAUGUCAAUUCCUGUAGUAACUAGCAUGGCUGUAACUUCUUUUCUGAAUUUCACUGAUGAGAUGAAUAUUUGGCAGGUGAAAUAGGCCACUUUUAGAAAAAUCUGGGAGAAAAUAAACAAAGUUGGUUAAUGAUGA